UUCAAGAUGGCAUUCUUCAGAAAAAAAAGUCAACCUUCUCCGAGUCUAUUCAACCGCCGUUCGACUAGUUUUUUUACCAGCGCCAACAGCAACCGAAUUAUUCCCGGUUGGGAUAAAGGUGAGAGAGUCGCUUUAAAAAUAAUUCCGUUUAAACCGGGCGAGAUUGGGGAUGAACAAAUCGAGCGCUAUUGGGAAAAUCUAAUCAAGUUACGUGAUGAUAAUCUGGUCCAGUAUCGCAGUUUUACGCUACAAAAUGAUGGCAGAUACCUUGCGAUGGAGUUGUGUCAGGGAUCAAUGCUCGACUACUGUCGGGGGACAUUAGACAGCGCAGUUGCGUCAAUCGUUAAAGCAAUCGACAUUAUGUGGCAAAUUACCUGCGCUGUUGAGUACCUUGAUCGCCAAAAAAUUGGGCACGGAGAUUUGAAACUGGAAAGUGUGCUCUUCAAAACAAUCGAUUCUGAACCCCGGCGGGUUGUUGCCAAGUUAUCCGGCUAUGGAUACAACAUUCUCCAGUCUGGGAAUAACGUCAAGACUGAUUUCUCCAAACUCGGCUUCUUGUACAUUUCCGCUGCAACUAAAAAGGAGAUCAGACCAAGCGGAGCUCUCGCCACUUGGAAUUUGACUGAAAUCGACAUAAACGCCCAAAAGCUUGCAUUAGAAUUGAUUAAUCUUGUGAGUAAUGCCAGCAAUCCGUUUACUUUUGCAGCUGGCACAUUACUGCGCCACCCGUUUUUUAUUCGUUACUGCCAAUUUGCGUUAGCAAGGCUAAUCAAAGAGCAGACGAAUGAGGAUAUUAGAAGUGGAUUGAACAAUAACCACAACUUGGAAAAAUGGAGGAAAUCUUUGGGUGACGGCCAGCUCCCAAAUGAAAAUUUCAGUGACCUAAAGAAAAUUCUACUCUCUGACGAUAAAAACUUAGAAACAGCGUUAACAGAGGCGUCAAAAAUCGCCCCACAAUUACUCGCACAAUAUAUUUGGCAUCUUUCUACUACCCCGGCCGCUAUCCCUAAAGGAAAUGAUCAAAAAUCAAAUUUAGAGAUAGUGAAACCUCUAGGGGAAGGAAGCUAUGGAAGAGUGUACGAAUGUUAUUACACCAACAAAGAUGGAAUUAGAUUUCCAGCCGCCUGCAAAAAAUUUAAAACAAAAGCCGGCAAAAAGAAUUCGUUUGAUCGUGAAAUCGCUACCCUUUCGCAUUUGAACCAUCUAUUCAUCAUCAAGUACCUCGACGUCGUAGAAAUGGAUGACAAAAAGUAUAUGGUAAUGGAACUAUGCGAAGGAUCCUUAAAAGAGUACGUUGAAGGAAAACUGGAACAAAUACCUCAAAACUCACUGGAUGACAAAAUAAUCAUAAGUCAACUGGCUCUCGGCCUGGCCUACAUCCACAGGAAAGGAAUUGUCCACAAGGAUUUAACUCUCGAAAAUAUCCUUCUCAAACGUCCAUCACCGGAAUCGCAUGUCGUGUUGGCCAAAAUCGCUGAUUUCGUAUUGGCUAGAGAACUGAGGCCGGAUGCAUCCGAAUUUAGCGUCACGAAGCAUCUUGGUACAGAAACUUACAUGGCGCCUGAACUUCUUAAAGCUCCGAUGCAUGCUUAUCCGGCCAAUUUUGCUACCGACAUUUAUGCCUUUGGCAUAAUAAUUGCGCGGAUAGCAUUGAAAGGAGAUCAUCCUUUCACUUCCGACAGACAUUAUCGAUUCGCUUGCAUGGCGGAGGGUCUGGUUCCGCCUAAACUUCAACAUCUCAGCUGGGAUCUCAUUGAUUUGAUCGUCAAAUUAACGGACAAAGAUCCAGCGAAACGUCCCGUCAUGGGCUUAGUAUUGUACCAUCCCUAUUUCGUCUUGACCAAUGACAAGACCAAAAGACAUUUCGUCGAUCAUCUAUGGGCACACAUCAAUUCAAAGGAGAAUAAAAAAAAGUCAAUGAAACAAAUGUUCAACAACCACAACUUCCAAGGGUGGUACAAAAACAUCAUGGCUGAGACGUCAUACACUGUCGAAGAGAUUGCAGAAAGGGAGAAAACGCUUCGAGAGUUAAUACAAAUUCAACCCGAUUGCACAGUUGAAAGUUUGUACGGUCCGGCCGAACAUUACAAACAAAAAAUUCAAAACGCUUUGAAAGCGGAAUACAAUGAUAAGAUUGGAAAUCAAAUCAAUCGGAUGUUUUCCAGUCACGCUCUGUUUGCUCACGAUCAUUCCCAAAGUCGCACAGUUUCACGGUUCGCUGCCGAAUCGGUUCUCCAUGCAGAAACAUCGGAAAAGAAUGCAAACUCCGGAAAUGAAAUUAAUGAGACGAGUUCAGCGCAGUUUCUACAAAAUCAAUUUUCCCGAAAACGCUUGCACAACUUGGUUCAAAGCAAUCCAGCGCUUUUGGUGUCGUAUUUCUCGUUCUGCUUAUUCGACGUGAUCAACAACAAACCUGCCAAUCCAUCGGCGACUGCAACCAAUCAGCAGAAACCGAUUGCUUCUGGCAAAAGAAAGUAUCAACUGGGGCAAUUCAAACGAUUGAUUACCAAGGAGUUGCAAUGGAUCAAUUUGUUCUACGACGAUGACGAACAAAUCGCCGACGAGCUGUGGAAUAUGAAGUAUCCAGAAAUAAACGAAAUCUGGCAAGAUGCCAAAAAAGAAAUUAUACGAACAGCGGCGAAAUGCAACAUCUCGACAGCUGUUUGGUCAAAAUUGCUGAAUUGGAUUGGAGCAAGUGCCGAUUCAAUGCUGCUUCACGAAGUAGUUCAAAGUCACGUUCCAAAUGCUCCGAAAAUUGCAGAGAUGAUUCUACAAAAACAUUGGUUCAAGGAAGAGAACCUAUCGUCGUUUCAUUUGGCGGCCUUUAAUGAAGGAAACUACGCGGAUGAAAUCAUGAAAGCGCUUUUCGAUAACAACAGAAUUCCAAAAGUGACUGAAGACGGACUUACUCCGGCACACAUCGCAGCCCAAAACGAGUCCAAUUGCGGAUGGAGGCUGUUGAAACUUCUGCUGGAUAACAAUGCAGACCCAAACGCGAGUUUCCAAAACGGAACAACACCCGUCCAUUGGGCAGCCAUGAAUCAAGGAAAUUACGCAGCCGAAAUUCUAAAAUACCUACUCGAUCACGGUGGCGAUAGCGAAAAGAUAGACAAAAAUGGUCUCAAGCCAAUUCAUUAUGCAACGUUGAAUACUAAUGAUUUUGCAUUCACACUGUUGGACGUGUUCCUUAAAGAACGAGAUGCCAACGUCACUGACAGCACUGGAAGAACGUUACUACACUUUGCAGUGUUGAACGAAGGAGAUCAUGCACAAGAAAUCGUGAAUAAAUUACUUGAAAAUAGACAAAAUCCCAAUGUCGGAGAUAACGAAGGACGUACCCCCCUUCAUUUAGCAAUAAAUGACGAAAGGAUUCAGCAAGUUGAAACUAUUGGACUUCUUCUACGAUACCGCAGCAAUGCGAAUGCUGUUGAUCAAUCAGGAUUGACACCUGUUCACUACGCAGCAGCUAAUGAAGGAGAACAUGCUUCUAAAAACCUGCAACUUUUGUUGGCUUUCAAUGGAUCUUUGGCUAUUAAGGAUAAAGACGGACUCACCCCUAUUCAUUAUGCCAUAAUGAAUAAAGGAAAAUGUGGGGACGAAAUGAGAAAACUAGUUGGCGUAAACCCAGAAAAAACAAACGCUCACCUCAACAACAAUGGUGAGGCGUUGCUUCAUCACCUUGUCGGUAAAAAUAAGACUCAACUGGAUCUUGUUCAAAUGGUAAUCGACAGUGGAGGCGAUCCGAACGCAACAGACAAGUUUGGACGUUCACCUGUCCAUUCGGUCGUCCUGCUGAACGAAUCACUUGCGGGACUAGACAUUUUGCGUCUGCUGCUUGCAAAAGGAGGAAACGUUAACCUUCAGGACAAGGGAAAACAAUUUACACCUGUACAUUACGUGGCAUCCAGUUUGAAACUGAGAGUACCUGAAAAGAUGAAGAUUCUCCUUAACAGCGGGGGCAAUGUAAACAUGCAAGGCAAUGAUGGGAUCACGCCAUUACAUUUGGCGGUUGCAAAUCCGGGAAUUUACGGACCUCAACUGACGAGGAUGUUACUCGAAUUUGAAGCUGACGUGAAUGCCAUUGAUGCUCAACAGCGAACGCCCUUGCAUGUAGCAAUCAGAAAUGAAAACGAUGACAUUAGUUUCGACGCCAUUCUGCAGUUGAUCGAAAAAGGAGCAAAUCCGAACGCUCCUGACAUUAAAGGAUGGACACCGGUCCAUUACGCCAUUCAACAUAGAAGACGUAAUUCGGUUAAAGUGGUGAAUCUUCUGUUACAACACGGAGGAAGCAUGAAGAUCAAAGACAAUAAAGGGAUGACGCCACAACGUCUUGCCGAACAUUGCCUGCCCGAAUGCUUGACUGCUGAUAAAAUCUAAACAGCAGAAGGCGAAUUUAUCAACUUUACUUUAACGUAGUCGCUUUAUUGGAUUAAACCUCUCCUUGGUUAUGCCAAAAAGCUGGAGCUUUAUCGAUAUAUAACUUCUUUCUUCAAACAAACAUAAUACUACUCCCAUAAAAAAUAAUUCUGUUUAAUCUAAUUUCGUUGUACCACAACAGAUAGCAAUUCCGUUCUCAAUUCGAACGUACAGGGCGUGGUUCAGCAACAAACCAUCUUCAUUAAAAUUCGAUUCAGAGUGCAGAAUGCAUCUUACGUGUAGCAACGAUUUCUCUUUUUUCAAAAACAAUUAUAACUCAAUACAAUUGAAAAAGAUAA